AAAUGUACAUAAUAUAGAAAUACAAUACUGUUUUGUCUACCGUAUAAUACAAAAAGAAUUGAGUAAUAUAUAGUCCACGUUAGUAGUUCUUGUCGGACACACGUGCAUAUAGGUCAAACAGUUAUAUUAUUGUUGUGAUUUCUAAAAAUUUUACUACAAUAAAACUUGAAAUUUAGGUAAUUUUACGAACCAAGAUGUCCUCAAGAAAACUUUUCUCGUUAAUUUUUAUUAGGAAGACAUCAGAAAUUUUAUUGGGAUUAAAAAAACGAGGGUUUGGAAAAAAUAAAUGGAAUGGUUUUGGCGGUAAAGUAGAAAAAGGAGAAUCAAUUCUUCAAGGGGCUAUACGUGAAUUAAAAGAAGAAUGUGGUCUAUCUGCAGAGCAAUUAAAAAAAGUUGGAAUUUUAGAAUUUGAAUUUAAGGGAGAUACAGUCCUAUUAGAAGUUCAUGUUUUUGAAACAUACAAGUAUAGUGGAGAACUAAUAGAAUCUGAAGAAAUGCAACCAAAAUGGUAUAAUUUGAAAGAUAUUCCUUUCAAACAAAUGUGGCCGGAUGAUGAAUAUUGGUUCCCUUACAUGUUACGGGGGGAAUUAUUUAAGGGAUAUUUUUUGUACCGAGGUCAAGACCUAAUUCUUAAGUAUAACAUUGAAACUAUGGAAGAACUACCAGCAUUAGAUCAAGUCUUUUAACAUUCAUACUUCAUUCAGAAUUUUUGCAUAUACUCCUAUUCAUACUAAUAACUUUAAAAAAUUCACUUUCACAUUUUUAUAAUUAUAAUAAAAUUUAGCUUUACACUAAUUUGACAAUGUUUUUUUAGUAAUAAAACCACCUUUGAGUCAUUACUUUUUAUCACUCAUUAAUCUUAUUGAUUAUAUCAAGAAAAAUUUUUAAGCAGACAUUUUGUAUGAAUAUAUUACAUUAGUACUAUAUUAAUUGUACCUGGUUGCUGAUUUUCCACCAAAUAAAAGCACGCUAAACUCUUAGAUAUA